AUGCAACCUCGUAAAGAGCAAGAAGACGCCCGAAUCGGGCAGCCGCGGCCGCAGCCGCAGUCAGGCCACGACGAAACGACGAAAGAGGAGACUCAGACCUCGGCCACGGGACCGUCGGCCCAUGGUCCGGCCUCGACUGCCAAGCUGAGGGCGAUUCGACAAUUCUGGGGCGAGCAUGCCAGCGUGGUGGUCGACUUUGAUACCUGCCGCGACCACCUAGUGCAGCUCUUCGCCAUCCAGCCGUCGGACUCGGGAUUUGGAUACGCGGCGAUAGGGAAGCCGCUGGACACCGCUUGCUAUUGCUUCGCCAUGUGUGUCGCGCUGCUUGGGGCCCUCCGGGUCUGGAGGAUCCAGCACGUCUUGCUUCUCGGGAAGACGUUGUCCGGGAGAUUCGAGAUCAUGACAAUCGCGGCAGGCUGCCUGAUGCUUAGUGUUGUCUUUAUUGGCUUCUCCAUUACGCUUGACAUCGUAAAGUAA